AUGGGAAAGAUCCCAGUACGGGAGCCACAGCACAUGCUCCUGCUGCGCUGUAGAUACGGGGGGGUAGUAAUGCUCCCAAUGCAGGCACGCUUGUUGUCACCGCGCGGUAAGGAUAAGCUCCAGACAUCGGAUCCACCGGGCGCACCACGUCCACGGGAACUGGAGAAGUCCCUCGACGUCCUACCACCAAGUGAGUCCAACUACCGCUGCACCACCCCGCACUGCCGCCAGGUAGGCCCGCAAGUUGUGUUCCUGUUCGCCCGCUGGUAA